UUUUACCUCCCCUUGUGGCAUGACAGCGGUAGGUGUACUACGUCACAAAGUGCGUGCGGACUGUACCAAUAUUUGCCGUGCGCGUCGUAUUGUCAACAGACGGAGUUCAUUAGGUCUACCAGAAGCAACAGCGAUUUUAAACUGUUGAGACUGUUGUCUUUGGUCUGCUACGUUACAGCUUUAGUCCAAACUUUAUGCAAGACAGAUCUACAAUUUCGGAUAAGCUUUUUAUUUUAAAUUUUGUGAUAGCCAAAAAGAAAAAUGUUUCUCGUGUUGAUUUGUUUGUCGUUGGCCAGUGUGGUGACGUCACAGGAUAGCACUUCAGUACCAAAAAACUAUGGCCUUGAGGUGUGCGCUAAUGGCGCCCAGUUGGUAGGUCACCCCCAGGCCUGCCAGAGGUACUACAACUGUUCAGACACCACCCCACGGGGAUGGAGGAGUUACCUGGGACCGUAUGAGGUGGAAUGUGCCUACCCCAAGCUCUUUGACAUCAGAGAACUGGCAUGUAAGGACUACAAGGUGGCGGAGUGUGGGCCUAACAGAAUCGCUGCCAAAGAUCCAUGUGACUACGUCGUCAACAGAUGUCUCAGCGCCCACUGCCAACCCUGCAGCUCUAGGAUGCCAUCUUGUGUUGGCUUGCCAGAUGGCCUUAACGUGAAUCCUGAUCGUUUAUGGACGCCCUACUUCAUCAGGUGUGAAGACGAGAGGCUGGUCGGCACUGGCAGCUGCCCAAAGCACAGCCCAACAGCCGGCACAGGUUUCUUCUCCCCGCUGACCAAGUCAUGCGUGUCCAUCUUUGAGGUGCCCAGAACCACAGGGUAUGGCCUGGCGCCAUCCUGCGAGGGGAAGCUGCAAGGGUUCUACCUGACGGCGGAGAGACCAGACGUCUACUACACCUGCCCCAGUGGUCAGGUCUACUACUGUCCUGCUGGGACUACAUACAACCAGCAGUUGAAUCAGUGCAAAUGAAUUCUUUCUUAAUUGUUUCCUCAAUUAAAGAUAAUUAAAACUU